AUGUCUGUUCAUAUGAUCUUGGGAGUAGAAUCAUUUGUUCCUAAAAGACGUUUAGCACAUUCCUCAAUUCUCGUAGAAGAUAAGCUUUAUUUUUUUGGCGGUUUUGAUGCUGAGGAUUUUCAAGUUGCGAAGGAAUUAUUUUAUCUUGAUGUUUCUCGACCAUUUGAUAAAUCAAAUAAACCAUGGGUUUAUCUUACGAGCAUUCCAUUUGGAAGUCUAUGGGCAACUGUUGCAUAUAAUAAUAUAAAUAACGACUCAAAUAUUUAUUUAUUUGGAGGCUACAUGAUAGAUGAAUUUGGUGAUUUGUUUACAUCGAUUAUACAUCGGUUUAAUAUAAAUUCCUCAACGUGGAGUAUACCUACCGUUGGCGGAAAUUCGCCUGAAAGGCGAAGAAGUAUGAAGGCUGUUAGUAACAAUGGAAAGUUAUAUAUUUUUGGUGGAAAAAUCGAUGAACAAUUAGGUUCACAAACAACCCAUUUUUUUAACGAAAUGAUCAUUUUUGAUACUGUCAGGCUAUCAUGGUCAAUUAUUUCUUCAGUUGGCGCUCCUAUAGCACGAGCUUUAUAUACCGCAACAUUAUUACCGAAUGGUUUCAUUGUAUAUAUUGGUGGUCAGGCUAAUAAAAACGGAAAAUUAAGUGAAAUAGAUAUGGGCGGUGAUAACACUGGUGAUGGUGUUAGUGUUGGUUUUUCCAAUUCAUUGGGUGGUAUAUAA